AUGAAAGGCAAGCUCCUGGACUUGAGAUGUGAGAAUGAGCCCUGGCCGCUAUCCAAGUGCAAGCGCGUGUUGAGGCCAUUUGCGUCCAAAAUCCGCUCCUUUCACGACAUGGCGAAGCAUUAUCCCCAGAUUCUCGAGUCUUCCCAGGAUUUUGGCAGAAUCCUCCAGCUGCGAACCAUUAACCGUCAGUCUUCUAGUACACCACCCUCUUCCAACGGCGCACGUUACGGCAAAGGACCCAAGAACCGUUACACCAAGUCUCAAUAUACAAUCAAACCCAGAUCCAGAACAUACGAGGACGACUCAGAUUACGAUUCGGGAACUGAAAUGCAAGACUUGACUUUCGAUAUUGAUAGUGAUAGGGACGAUGGGGAAAUGGUGCAUCCGAUCCAGGCCCUUGAUUCUUACCACCGGUGGAAAGCUAUGAAACCCCAAGUCACAGAGGAGGGAUAUCAGGAAUUAAGCGAGAUUUUCGAACUCUUUAAGCGUUUUAUGAGUCAGGCAUAUACUUCUGACCCUGCUAGGUUACAAGAACAUUCCGCAAUGAAAGUGGGCCAGUGCGUGGAAGUAACGGCCAGACAGUCGAUGUUUGACGAUGAAAACGAAGCGGAAAGGGACCCUUCAAAUCAUUUUAAUGAAGCUGACUGGUACGAGCACUCUCCGGCAAUGAAGCUUUACACGAAAUGGAUCUUGCUUGGCCAGGGCUUAGAGAUUUUGAACUCACAUGUAUCUGACUUGUACUACGUCUUCCCCAGCUUAAUCCAUUAUUGUGUGGAGAUAAAGGCACUUAGAAUCGCACAGAUUAUGGCCAGCAGAUACUUGAGCGAGGUCCCCUCCGAUCUCUUUUGGUGCUACUUUGUCCAGCGAGUGGGGAUAAACACACUACACUCACCAAGCGAGGGCCAAUCCAGCAUCCAGCGGAAUCAUUUCGCGGAGCUCCUCAACUUGGCUCAAUUGGGGUACGAAGAAACGAUUAUAAGCCAUUUGUGGAACAAAGUCGACUUCAAGCUACUAUGGAACCAUGAGCCCAUCUGGGAUGAAAUCAAGCGGAUCGCCGUCUCUCAGAAACAACAACAUUGCACUCAUUUGCUACUAGUUGUUAUUGUUAAGAAUGGAGCAAUCGUUGAUUAA